CACUCACCCACACAAAAAAAAAGGAAGUUAAGAAAAUGACCAAUCAUAGAAACAACGAUUAUCAGCAGCACUUAAAGGGUAAAAGCCCCACCAAAGGCAGUGAAGAAGGGAUCAAGGUGAAGUACAUAUCAAGCCCUGUGAUGGUGAAAGCCAAUAACCCUUCCGAGUUCCGAGCAAUUGUUCAAGAACUCACCGGCCAAAACUCCGACAACAGAAGCCCUGGCGAUGCAGACACAAUGUUAAGCAGUAAACCUAGCCAGAAUCAUAGUCAUGGAACUUCAAUUUCAAACCCGGUCUCCGAAAAUAGAGUGCUGAUUGGCUUGGAGUUCUUGAUUUUCAUAUUGCUUACACAUGCUGGGGCAGACUGA